AUGAAUUUCGAGUUUACGGAGAAUGGAUGGGAUGAUUUUCAAUAUUGGAUCGAGACGGAUAUAGAAAUUGUCGCAAAGAUCAAGGAGCUUUUAAAAGAAAUCAAAAAGACACCAUUCCAGGGGCUUGGUAAACCGGAGCCACUUAAAUAUGAUUUAAAAGGCUUUUGGUCGAGAAGAAUCACCGGCGAACACCGCCUUGUUUAUAAAGUGGAGGUAUUCGCUGCUACAGACAAUGACAAGAAAGUUAUCGGAUCGAUGAACGACAUGAUAUAUCAACUCAAAGUUGCAGUUGAACUUAGGGUGGCCGGUCUGAAAAACACGACGGAUACAGAUGCAGCA